AGUGCUUCCUCUGCAAUGAAUAGCCAUUAGUGCAGCUGGUGAGCUCUCUUCAAUGCAGGCCCAACACUCUGUUGCCUUCAUUCCUCCAUUGCCGUCUACAUAACAUAAGCCAGUUCAAACGCGGUGAGCAAGCUUGAGAGCAAGAUAGAGGAAGGAGGCAGGUAGAACAACUCAUCUCUUGGAAGCAAGGGUAGACAAGUUCUUCGUAGCUUGGCAGGUGCUUCUCAGGGUUCAAUCCAAUGGCUUUGAGCACGAGAGUGGUGCUCUUCUUCAAGGUCUUGGCAUGCCUCUGCCUCCUCAGAUUAUCCCAAGGUAAGAGGCAAUUCACCCUGAAGAAUCUCCCUCCCCUCCAGAAGGCCAGCAGCUACCCCACAGCGUGCCCGGGGACGUACGACUACAUCAUCGUCGGCGGGGGCACUGCCGGCAGCCCCCUGGCGGCGACGCUGUCGCUGAAGUACAAGGUGCUCCUGCUGGAGAGGGGAGGGUCUCCGUAUGGCAACCGCAACAUCUCAUACAUGGAGAACUUCCACAUUGGGCUGAUGAAUAUGGCGCCAGACUCACCGGCUCAGGUCUUCGUCUCCACCGACGGCGUCAUCAAUGCCCGGGCGAGGGUGUUGGGUGGUGGCACCUGCAUUAAUGCCGGCUUCUACAGCCGGGCUAGCUCAAGCUUUGUGCAGGAGGUAGGCUGGGAUGAAGACCUGGUGAAUCAGUCCUUCCCUUGGGUUGAGGAGAAGAUUGUCCAGUGGCCUAAGAUCGCACCAUGGCAGGCUGCAUUACGGGAUGGACUGAUACAAGCAGGUGUAUCCCCUUUCAAUGGGUAUACCUAUGAUCAUAUUUCUGGGACAAAAGUUGGUGGCACCAUCUUUGACGAGACCGGGUACCGACACACGGCUGCUGACUUACUUGCAGCUGGAGAUCCUUACAACCUAAGGGUGCUGCUUCAUGCUAGUGUGCACAAGAUAGUGUUUAACUCGCGACAAGGACGACUGAAGCCAAGGGCUAUUGGAGUCCAAUUCACCGAUGAGAAUGGGAGACUUCACCAGGCACUUCUAAACAACAACAGAGAUAGUGAAAUAAUUGUAUCAGCUGGUGCGAUUGGCACCCCCCAGUUGCUGCUACUCAGUGGUAUUGGACCCAAGAAUGAUCUCAGGAAUCAUAACAUUCCUGUUGUUCUUCAUAACAAAUAUGUGGGUAAAGGGAUGGCCGACAACCCCAUGAACUCCAUCUUCAUUCCCACAAAAAGCCCUCCUCUACAAUCGCUGAUUGAAACUGUUGGAAUAACUGAAGCCGGUGUGUUCAUUGAGGCUAGCAGCGGUUUUGGUCAGUCAUCAGAGAGUGUCCACUGCCACCAUGGGAUCAUGUCCGCUGAGAUUGGGCAGCUGUCUACAAUUCCUCCGAAGCAAAGAACCCUGGAAGCAGCCCAGAAAUAUGCUCAUAACAAACUUAAUCUACCCAAAGAGGUAUUCCAAGGUGGUUUCAUCCUUGAGAAGAUUGAUGGUCCACUGUCCGCAGGUCAUCUGGUCCUUACAGACACUGAUGUCAGGAAGAACCCAGCAGUUACCUUCAACUACUUCAGUCAUCCACAGGAUCUCAAUCGGUGUGUCUAUGGUAUCAAGACUAUUGGAAGGAUACUGAAGACAAACCGUUUCUCUGAACUGGCUGCUAAUGGUGCUGAAUUUUCAAUGGAAAGGGUGCUCAAUUUGAGCGUGCAGGCUAAUGUAAACUUGAUACCCAAGCAUACAAAUGACACAGAAUCCCUGAAGCAAUUUUGCAAGGACACAGUAAUCACCAUCUGGCACUAUCAUGGUGGGUGCCAUGUAGGGAAGGUGGUUGACCAGCAUUACCGGGUGCUUGGAGUUUCAGGUCUCCGUGUAGUUGAUGGCUCAAUAUUUUCUAGAUCACCAGGGACCAACCCUCAAGCUACUGUCAUGAUGAUGGGCAGAUACAUGGGAGUGAAGAUCCUAAGGAAAAGGCUGGGACGAGAAGCUGGAGUGUAAUUGGUUCAUGGACAUUAGCUUUUUAAUAUGUGUGACCUAGGAAAGAAAUUGCUAAUUUUUUGUGGGGUCCAGAAUGAAUCGUCGAAGAAAGACAAGCUUGGGGUUUCAUCUGUACCCAGUAAUCAUUUGUCUAAUAUAUUAUUGCAGAUUAAGGAUC